AUGUCCUUGGCGGCUCAGCCAGAUGAUACCGUUGUCACAUUUCAGUCGCAUGAACUGAAUCAAUUCUUCACUUGUCCACUUUGCACAGGAUACUUAAUUGAUGCCUCGAUGGUUAUCGAGUGCAUGCACGCAUUCUGUAAAUCGUGCAUCCUCAAAUACGUCUACGAUGGACUGAAGACAAAGAACGAUAUAAAAUGUCCAGUGUGCGAUAUUUGCCUUCAUCCCUCUGAUCCCCUCUCAGAUAUCCGCUUCGACCAAACUCUACAGGACAUUUCGUUUCUAAUUGUGCCUCAACUAUUCGACAAGGAGUGCAAACGACGUCGCGAAUUUUGCGAUGAAAACAAAAUCGAUUACAAGGUGCCCUCAUUCAAAUCGAACAACUACACACCCGGUCUGGAGAUGGUUAACACCCACGAAUCAUCAACAGAGGAUGAAGAAGAAGCGACAGAAAGUGAUAACGUUAAAGCGAUCGCGAAAGAGCUUGAAGAUGAUGCAUGGAUUCAAUGCGAACAUGAAGAGUGUCUCAAAUGGCGACGCGUACCGCUAGAAGUAGCUGAAACAUUCGAAGACGAGCCUUGGUAUUGCGAGUUCAAUCCUGAUGAGGCAUUCAAUAGUUGCAGCAUUCCGGAGGUUAACCAUCUGCAGUACGAGAAGAUGGCUGAGCAGGCUGGACUUACUUACGUCUACUCCAAUAUGCUGGAGGGAACCCUGGUGCAAGCGAAAUUAACUGGCUUCACUGCUUGGCCGGCGAUUAUAUGCAACGACCCCAUUGAAGGAAAUUUCUUCGACACGAACGAUAAUGGCAACCCAACCAAGUACCAUGUUGAAUUCUUAGGAAAAAGGCACACGCAGGCAUGGGUUGAAGCACGGAGCACCGUUAACUACGCUGGUAUCCCUAAAGAACCUCCUAGCAAGAACGGAAAGCUGAAGAAGAUGCCUCAGGCAUUGAUUGAUGCUUACUUCGAAGCAGAAGAUCUCCGUGGAUUAUCGAACGAAGAACGGCUCGAGCAGUGUGUGCUCAGCAACGGGCUGGCGCGGCGAUUCCACAACCAAAAAGCAAAACAGACCAAGAAAGCAAAGCGAAAGCGAAAACGCCCGUCUUAUGUGACAUCAGAGUCUGAUACAGAUGACAUUCUCGAAUCGAUCAGCUUCCAUGACCAGCCUGGAGAGAUUCAAGGUGACGCAGACAAAAAAUCGCAAGCCAAAAUCACCCAAUCGGUGAUGCUUAAAAAAUUAUACAGCUUCGAGCCCUCCAUGCCAGGAAACAGCAGUACUCAUAGUCGUGCGGGCUUGUCAGAUCUCUCACAGUUGGUUGAAUUAACACAAAUAGAUGAGCGGCUUGCAGAGCUCGAAUUAAAAUGUAGAAUCAAGUACGAAAAAUCUGGCUGGACUGUCUACUUUAAAGACCCCGCUCGAACUGAAAGCUUCCACACUUUCAAAGACUGUGAUGAGUUCAACGAGGCACUGAAGAAGUUCUAUAGAUCUAAGCACAUGGAAAACAACGAACCACCACCGAAUCUUCAAUGCAUUUGCAUCGGCUCAAAGCCACUUCAGCUCUACCUCAUAUUUCUUCUAGUAUCGCUCCAUUUCCCGAAAUACCGGCCGAAAGUAGAUGACUCCAAGUGGUGGGUCUGUCUUUUGCUGGAAGCUGCUUGUUUUCCACUUUGGCCAUCGAAAAAUGUCAAAAAAAUCGUCAUCCGUGGAAAAGUCUUCACAAAAGCAGCGUAUCUCGACUACCUUAUCAUUCAGGCACGAAAAAUUUACCGGAUAUGGAAAUCGCAUUUGGAGACCUUCUUCCGAACCGCUUAUUUUUGGAACGACCAACCUUUUUUCAAACGAAUAGAGAAAGUUAAAUUAGUCAUCAGCGAAAAUUUUGGGUACGAACCCGAAGAUCCACCCGACUGCUGUAUUGUAUGA